CUCGUGCGACCGCCGUUGAUACCGGACGUGUACUCGGCGCCUACGCGACUUCCGGUACGUCAGGAGAGCUGCACGCGCGUGGAGAAUUAAGAAUCAUUCACACGAGGCCGAGUGGCUCGUGCUGCAUCAAUAUCAAACUACGACAGCGAGUUACGAAAACAGCGAACCUCAUGCCAGACAGCUGCUGAUUACUUAUGAGAAUCGCUUUGGCCUGUUCGAUGUGCAUCGCCGAAAUUACAUCGGAUUCGAUCGCUAAUCGUGACGUCCAACGCGGCCUGCAGCUGCAUACCAGGCGUCAUGUUUGCGUGGAAUGUUAAUGUCGUGUAGUACAUACACAUACUACCGCAGACUGCCGUCAUUUCCUGAAUAUCUUUUCCAACAAGCGUCAUUGAAAAUAAAUGCAACGCUCUUCAUGAUUCUUUGAUGAUCUGAAUCGCUUUGCAGGAUCUUCUGCAGCAGAGCGUGUUCUAAUGAAACAUUUCAUGCACCAGGAGUACAAGCACCAGAGAUCAUCGACGUACUCUAUCAGAUUCUUCCACCUGGUCAAUUUUAAAAUGAAGAGAUUUUGAUCGACCGCCCCUGCUGCGUCGGCGGAGCCUGGAGCUCGCAAUCAUCCGCAAUGCGAUGCAACGACAGCACCACGCGUCCGAUCCACGCUGAAGGGUAACGCCAGCACGAGAAGAUGGUGAAUCAAGAAUCUCGCAGUUUUGCAACAUGCAUCGCGACACGCGACGCUGAUCUUGUGUGAACGACACUUGGUGAAUGAGAACGAGACCGCGCGAUGCUGCCGAGUGCGCCGAUCGAGAGGGAUGUGUCUCGUUCGCGUUUAGACAUCUCGUCAUCAUCGGAUGACGCUGAAACGCGCAACACGCGAUUCGCAGAUCGGCCUGGCUCGAUCUCGCAAGAACUCUCUGAAAAUCCACGCUGAGAUUCGUAACUUCUCGAUCAUCGUCGUCGUCAUCGUCAUCAGUAACCAGCGUGGUUUGCUGUCAUCACGUUUCCCGUCUAUCUACCGAGCCGCGAUCUAUCUUGCACGUAGCAGCGAUCGAUCCGCAAGCACGUCGAUCGCGGAACAUGUUCGCGGGUGCAAACGAGUCGAAACGAUGGACGAGGGAUAAUAGGAUUCUUCUGAGAGCUGCGAAAGAUCUUGAAGAACGUCGCAGUCAUUACGAACCAUCGCUGCACACAGGAGUCCCCGAUGACACCGAUAAUAGCUUCAAAAUCGAGGAAAAUGACUUCGUGCCCCACUUCCAACGUGUCUCCAUCUCUGGAGAGGAUACUUCCGGGGUACCCCUGGAAGAUCUUCAAAGGGCCUCCAAGAUGCUGGUGCAAGCAUUGGCAAUACGUCAAAAAUACAUGAGCAACUCCAAGCAGAGCUUUCCCUCCAUUACGUCUAGAUUCCUACGCAGCAUUGACAAGAGACCACUCACCAUCGAUGAUGAGGUCCAUCACGACGACCGCAAAGCCAUUGAAGGGAGAGGGCUGCUGGAUAUUGUGAACAAAAUCAGAGAUGCUCGAUCUGAUGCAGACAUCAACGCGCUGAUCAAAGACGUCUCUCGGACAGCGCUGCAGCAACAGACAGCUGGCACGUCAAACGAUGCCUCGCUAAUGGGCGCUUCAUUCGAUUACCCGCCAGAUCAUCCGGUGCACGCGCCUGCAUCUCGGGGCGAUCCGUGGGAGUGCGAGUUCCCACCGACGAAGAACUACAAAAUCGCGCCAGUCAACGGCGUGUUCAACGUUUUCAUGAAUGACGAGGACCUGGCCAACGGCAAGCCGAUCCCGUAUUCCUACCCGGACCUGGCGACCUUCGUCGGGGACAUGAAUCUGCUGUGCGCGAUGAUCGCCGACGGGCCACUCAAGUCUUUCUGCUACCGAAGACUAAGUUACCUUUCGUCCAAGUAUCAAUUGCACGUGCUGCUGAACGAGCUAAGGGAACUGGCAAGUCAGAAAGCCGUGCCGCAUCGAGACUUUUAUAACAUACGGAAGGUCGAUACUCACAUACACGCAGCAUCGUGCAUGAAUCAGAAACACCUGCUUAGAUUCAUCAAGAAAACGUUAAAGAAUCAUGCCGACGAAGUGGUCACUUGUUCCAAAACCGGGGAGACCAUGACGCUUCGCGAAGUCUUUCAGUCUAUGAAUCUGACGACUUACGAUCUCAGCGUUGACAUGUUGGAUGUGCACGCAGAUCGCAACACGUUCCACAGAUUCGACAAGUUCAAUGCAAAGUACAAUCCGAUUGGUGAGAGUCGUUUACGUGAAGUUUUCUUGAAGACCGACAAUUAUUUGAACGGCACAUAUUUUGCAAGGAUAAUCAAAGAGGUAGCGAGUGAUCUCGAGGAGUCUAAGUAUCAGAAUGCGGAAUUGCGCCUCUCGAUUUACGGCAAAGGUCCGGAGGAGUGGGACAAACUGGCCAAAUGGGCGAUCCAAAGCGACGUCUAUUCAGACAACGUGCGUUGGCUCAUACAAAUCCCUAGAUUAUAUGAUAUCUUCAAGUUGAACAAACUCAUGACGAACUUUCAAGAGAUCCUCAACAACAUCUUUCUGCCGCUCUUUGAAGUCACCAACGAUCCUAAUUCUCACCCGGAGCUGCACAAGUUCCUACAAUAUGUAAUUGGUUUCGAUUCUGUGGACGACGAAAGUAAGCCGGAGAAUCCUCUUUUUGACAAGGACGUCUACCCGCCUGCGGAAUGGGACGACGUGGAGAAUCCGCCAUAUGGAUAUUAUCAGUACUACACUUACGCGAAUAUGACUGUCCUCAAUCAUUUCAGAGCGGAACAAGGCUUUAACACGUUUGUUUUGAGACCUCACUGCGGCGAGGCGGGACCCGUUCAACAUCUCGUGUGCGGCUACAUGAUGGCAGAGAAUAUCUCGCACGGUCUGCUACUCAGAAAAGUCCCCGUGCUCCAGUAUUUGUAUUACCUGGCGCAAAUCGGUAUCGCGAUGUCGCCGCUUAGCAACAAUUCGCUUUUCCUGAACUACCAUCGCAACCCGCUUCCAGAAUACCUUGCCAGAGGACUGUGCAUAAGUUUAUCUACGGACGAUCCUCUUCAAUUUCAUUUUACCAAGGAACCCCUAAUGGAAGAGUACAGUAUCGCUGCGCAAGUGUGGAAACUGAGUUCAUGCGAUAUGUGCGAGCUGGCACGCAACUCCGUUCUCAUGAGUGGCUUUCCGCACAAGAGCAAGCAAUACUGGCUGGGACCUAAUUACACGAAAGAAGGAGUCGCCGGUAAUGACAUCACGCGAACCAACGUGCCAGAUAUACGGGUGGCCUAUCGAUACGAGACUUUGGUCGACGAGUUGUCCAAUAUCUUCAAGGUUGUGGAAAAACCCGAGUCACUUCCAUUCUAACGCCCGAUUAAUGGUGGAAGUUUCUUGGAAUAUAUGAAUUGAUUAUUGUGCGACGCCGUUUAGCGUACAAAUCGGCGAGCUAUAAUUAUCGAUUCGACUUAUUCUUGCGAGCCUCGCGGUUUUUUAUCACGCCGAUCACAGUGGCGUUUUUGGAAUAUCAUUGAAAAUCUUUUCUACUAGAUUGACAUGAAAGAAAACUGUCGUCUUUUUUUUCACACGCGAUAAAACGAUGGUUUGGAUAAAACUAUAGGUAGUUUGAAAAGAGUAUAAUCUCAGGUAAUACGUGCCGCAUAUAAACUAUGAAUGUAAUUUAGGAUUAUGUAAAUUUUUAUCUACGUAAUAUUUUGCUUUGUUGAUCAAUUCUGUACUCGAUCGAUAUUAUUUUAUACUCAUAGUGAUACAAAUAAAUCUUUGCCUCGAUGAAUCGUCAUCGCCCUAGCAAAAUUUGCAUUUCUUUGUAGAGGCUUUCCGAUCGCAAGAAUAAAUCGAAUAGAAAAAAAUUACAUGUAUAUAUUUAUAUAUACACAUUGACCAAUUUAAUAGUAGUUGUUAGUCCUUUCUUCUAUUGUUGCGAUGUUAAUAACACACACGUACACACACUAGAGCGUAUAUAUUGUAAUACGAAUUAGAAUAGAAUCGAGCAUUACGUUAUCGAUACGUAUCUUAAUGCUAAGCGCCUCGUGAUGGAAUAAAUCCGUUUUUCAUAUCUCGGCUGUGCUCGGCGAGAGUAGUACUCUUUCUUGGAUUUUAGCUUUACUUUCUUACAUUUUUGUACAUUUAUAUCGACAAAAUCAUGUAUGACGUUUGUUUUUAUGAGCAUUCAGAUAACCGGCUCGUAUGCGAACAAUUAACUCGUGCCAUUGCACAUAAUAUAAUAUCUUCCCUUCCGCAAAAUAGAUAGUGUAAAUAGAAAUUUAGUUUAAUUAGGGGUCAAGAGAAUCUUUAUGAAUUGUACGUGCAUGACAAGGUAAAAACUCGGCAGGACAAAUUUGCUGUCUUUCUACAUCUCGACAUCGACGAUCAUUAGCUUUGUCGCUGUACUUUGCGUAUGUCACUUUCCGAAGAGAGAACUUUCCGAACAACGAGCCUAAUCGAGCGAUAUAUAUGAUAAUCUGUAACACGUAAAAAAGUAAAUGCGCUGAUAUCGAAUUUAAAUUGACUUGUUACUAGAUAGAAAGAAAAUAUAUUUAUUGUAAAAGAUAUAUCCUACGAAGCAGAGAAAUAUACUUGCAAACGUUAAAACU